AUGACAGACAUCAUAGCCGACCAGGCGCCGCCAGCCCUCACCGUGCCAUCGGAAAAGGAAAAGAAAUAUGACCGCCAACUCAGGCUUUGGGCUGCGAGCGGGCAAGCUGCUCUGGAGUCUGCCAAUAUCUUGCUCGUGAAUUCCGGCACGGGCACUGUAGGUGUUGAAACACUCAAGAAUCUCGUACUUCCAGGAAUUGGAAAUUUCACGAUUGCUGAUGAUGCCGUUGUGAAUGAGGCUGAUCUUGGCGUCAACUUCUUCCUGGACGAGUCCCAUCUCGGCAAGUCCAGGGCCCAGAGCUGUACUGAGCUUCUGCUAGAGCUUAAUCCUGAGGAAAAUACGGGCCUCCAGGAGCUUCUCAAAACCUCCAACCCCUUCACCAUCAUCUUGUACACACUUCCCAUGAAACAAGAAGACCUCACCGUACUCGAGUCGUACAGCCGAGAGCACAAGAUGCCAGUGAUCGCGAUACACUCUGCGGGUUUCUACUCCUAUUUCAGCACUCGUCUUCCAGGCAUCUACCCCAUCGUCGACACUCAUCCUGACGUUACAGCCAUCACGGACUUGCGGCUACUCACCCCGUGGGAAGAGCUGGAGGCCUUUGCCGACAGCCUGACGAAAGAUAUUGACAGUCUCGAUAGCCAUGAACACGGCCACCUGCCAUUCGUUGUUAUUCUCCUACACUACCUGAAAGAAUGGAAGUCAUCUCACGACUCUAAGCCCCCUAGCAACUAUAAGGAAAAAGUCGAAUUUCGCAAGACGGUGGUCGCUGCUACGAGAACAGACAACCCUGAAGGAGGUGAGGAAAACUUUGAGGAGGCUGAAGCUGCCGUGUUGAAGACUAUUUCGCCACCGUCACUCCCUUCUGCCGUCAAGGAGGUCUUUGAGUACAAGCAUGCCGACGAGAACGAAGCCACCUCUAGCUUCUGGAUCAUCGCAGGAGCGGUCCGUGACUUUUAUGAGAAGCACGGCUGUUUGCCAGUACCGGGCGGCCUCCCAGACAUGAAGGCCCAAACUAGCGUAUAUGUUGAGCUUCAGAACAUCUACAAGGCCAAGGCCCGCAAAGAUGCGGCCGAGGUGCUUGAAUCGGUCCGUCAGAAAGCCGGUGGCGAGGGCGUCGACGCAGCCGAGGUCGACUUGUUUUGUAAGAAUGCGGCCUUUGUCAAGCUGGUCGUCCCUGCAAGUGGCGGGCCCGAACAGCUACGUAGCGUAGCAGGUGAGGAACAUCUCCACGAGGAUUGCCACAGCCGGUGCUCACACAUUGCAUUUACAGCGCAGGAAUUUGCCAACGACGAAAUGGCCAAGGAGGGCGUGGUGCCACUGUCGCUGUUCCCAAUCUAUCUCGCCCUCCAGUCCACGUCACACACACCCACGGCAUCUUCGGAUGAGAUUCUAGACAAGAUCAAGACACUGCUUCCAGACUGGAGCGACAACGAGCGGCUCGCGCAGGCGGCGCAAGAGGUAGCCAGGUCUGGCGGUGGAGAGCUGCACAACGUUUCCGCCGUGACAGGCGGUAUGGUGGCUCAGGAGACGAUCAAAAUCAUCACGAACCAAUACGUACCCAUCGAGAACACCUGCAUAUUCGACGGCAUUGCAAGCCGAUGCCAAAUUCUUCGUCUCUAG